AUGCCUCGAAAGCUUCGCGCGGCCGCGCAAGCGGCUGCAAAGCAGUUGAAAAAUGUGCCAACGCUACCUGACCUCUCCGAUGAAGAGAUGGUGGACGCGCUGCCAUCGCAGCCUUCAUCGCCUCCUCCUGAAAUUCCAACCUCACCGAAUGACGACCCCGACGUCGAGCCUGAGAAUGAGGAUCAAGACGUCGAUGAAUCGCGCGCCGAGACGCCUGAUGAAUCCAAUCUGGAGCAAAGCAAGACUGGAAGCCCGGCUGUAGGGGACGCCACACAGAUAGAUGAGAGCGCCGAGACACCUUCACAUGCCAUUGGCCGUCCAGCAAUCCCACGAAAGCGUCGCCUUGGUCGUCCCCCCAAGAAUCGCCCGCCUGACUGGGAUGCGCCUGACGGCUCCCAGACUCCCAUCCGCGUCACAACACCCGUCAAACGCCGGAGAGGUCGCCCAGCUGCAAGUGGUGGGCGAUGGGCUCGAAACCGAGGCCCUGUGCACAACACUCAAGUCCCAAUCGACAAGGAAGGAAAUAUGAUGGAUGUUGUUGGGGAUGAGGUCGCGCUUCCGCCGAAUCCUGUGGGAGACACCAAAGUUGACGAAAAUGGCCACCUUCUGGGAGGCCGAGAAUAUCGAGUCCGCACAUUCACGAUCCUCAACCGCGGCGACAAGCUUUACAUGCUGUCAACGGAACCAGCACGUUGCAUCGGUUUCCGUGAUUCAUACCUUUUCUUCCAGAGGCACAAGAUGCUCUACAAGAUCAUCAUUGAUGAUGAGGCUAAGCGCGACCUCAUCGAGCGUGAUAUAAUUCCUCACUCUUACAAGGGUCGUGCCAUUGGUGUCGUCACUGCGAGGUCUGUGUUCCGGGAGUUUGGCGCAAAGAUUGUUGUAGGCGGCAAGAAGGUGACGGACGACUACGACGAGCAAGCUGCUCGGGAGCGCGGCGACGUUGAGGGGGAGCUGGCUGUACCGGAGGAUAAACUGCCUGGUCCCGGCGAGACAUACAACCGAAACCAGUACGUUGCGUGGCACGGCGCUAGCAGUGUGUACCACACGAAUGCGCCGGCCAUGCCCUUGGCCGGUGGCAAGCCUCUUGAUCCGAAGAAGCGACGGGUCCCUGUCACAGAUGAGAAUUGGAUGCUUGAGCACGCACGUGCUGCAAGCCUAUUCAACUCGAGACUUGCCGAGGUUCGUCGUGAAACCAUGACUGGCACCUAUGACGUGCACACCAACACCAUGCAUUAUCCCAAGAUCAUGCAACCUACCCACGCCCGCUGGGAGUACGUCCCUUCUUCUGACGCUGGGAGCACCGCCGAGCUCAUGUCCACGCUCAGCAUCAAUGCGCAGAACUCUGCCGAGAUGGACACCGCCGUUGAAAAAACCAACGAACAGGCCCCCACCGAGACUUCCUUCCCUCCCGCUCCCUCACACAUCUCCAAUCGCUAUGUUGUUGCUGACACAAUAUACGAAUCGCCACCCUACUCGAACAUGGGUCUGCCCGGUCCGGACGGUGAUUUGAUGAACCCAAGCCCCAAUGGUCUGGCCAGCAUUGCCCAGCCCAAACACUCGGAGUUCAUGACCCCCGAAAUCAUCGACCUCUUGCCCCCGGACUGCAAGGAGGCCUUUAUCGACGCAGCAGCCCGCGAAAUCCACUGGAAGUCGAAAUGGGGCAGCGAAGCCGAGAGCAAGCUGCGCACGCAGCCCUCUAAGAGCUACGCUUGGUAUCCGUGA